AUGGCAAUUUUGACGGACGAACUUAUUUUGAAUAAAUCAAGUGCAAAAUCUGUUGUUGAAGUGCGAAACUUAAAUCUUUGGGGUUGUGAACUAGAUGACGUUAGUGUAUUAAAAAAUUGUAGUAGAUUAGAGAUACUUAGUUUGAGUGUAAACAACCUCACUUCUCUGGAACAACUUUCGGAAUGCAAAACUCUAAAAGAACUUUACUUACGGAAAAAUUAUAUCAAUGACUCUGAACAAGUAAAGCACCUUACUUCAUUAAGAAAUUUAGAGGUACUUUGGUUAUGUGAUAAUCCAUGCGCGGAGGAUGAAAAGAAAUAUCGAAAUAUAGUUCUGAGGUAUUUACCUUGGUUAAAAAAAUUAGACCAUCACGAGGUUACUGAUGAAGAAGUCCUUGCUUCCAUGUGUAGUUUACCAGCUUCAAUGCCUCCUAAAGUUCGCAAAAAGUUGACUCCCAGUAAAACGUCUUCACAUGAAGGAUCAGAUGGAACUGAUUUCUUAUCAAAAUCUCCAGAAAUUAAGACACCCAAACCUAUUAGAGCAAAUUCGAAUGGCCUUUUAUCCUCCCAUGGUAUUGAACAAAGUAGCCCACGAGUAAGAUCACCUGUUAUAAAUUCAAAUCGACCACCAUCGCGAACACCUACACCCUCACAAGAAAGUGGUUUCAAGUUGGUAAAAUCAAGGUCAAAUAAUGGAACCUCAAAGACAAACGGAAAUGGUAGUGUUCAACCAAAGUUAUCCGGCAAGUCAUUAUCUGCUCCUUUAAGCAGAUCUUUAUCUCGAACUCCACCAAAUAAUAUUAUCGAGGAUGUCACAUCACGACAGUCGAAUGUGCUCACCGCUGUUCUUGCGUUGAUUGAAGAACUUGAAGAAAAAGAUUUGCAUGCUGUGCAAAGAAAAUUACAAUUAACUAUGUUAAAUCGGUUCGGAAAACUAGGAAAAAAAUAA